GGCUCGACUCCAGCGCGAGCCAACAAGCUAAGUGGUUACUGGUAACUAGCAGCGGCUAGCUUCAAACAUUCAGACGACACAGAGGUAGCUAGCAGGUUAGCCCCGCAGCUAAUCAUGGUGAAUGUAAAGAAGCGGAAAGGUCGAGUCGUGAUUGACUCGGACUCUGAAGACAGUGCCAGCGAUGACAAUUUAGAUCAGGAGCUUCUGUCAUUGGCGAAGAGGAAGAGGGUCGAUUCGGGUGAGCAGGAAGAUCCAGUCAGCAAACCUGCUGCUUCUACAGACUCUGAGACAUCAGACAGUGAUGAUGAGUGGACUGUGGGUGGCACCAAAGGCAAAAAGAAGGUUAAACCAGGAAAAGGGUCUGAGAAGAAAAACACCACGAAGAAGAAAGUGAAUAAAGCAACAGCAUCUGGCAGCUCUGAUGGCGACAGCUCAGCAGAAAGCUCUGCACCUGAGGAGGGCGAGGUGUCUGAUUCAGAGAGCAACAGUUCGUCCUCCAGCUCAGACUCGGACUCAUCUGAGGACGAGGUGUUUAAAGACGGUUACGAUGACGACUUGAUGGGAGACGCAGAGGACAGAGCUCGUCUGGAGCAGAUGACAGAGAAGGAGAGAGAACAAGAGCUGUUCAACAGAAUUGAGAAAAGGGAGGUGCUAAAGAGACGGUUUGAAAUUAAGAAAAAGCUGAAGACGGCAAAGAAAAAAGAGAAAGAGGAGAAGAAAAAGAAACAGGAGGAAGAGCAAGAAAAAAGGAAGCUAUCUCAGGUUCCAGACAUACAAGCGGUCACGUCACACAACAAGGAGAGACGAUCAAAACGUGACGAAAAGCUUGACAAGAAGUCUCAGGCCAUGGAAGAACUCAAAGCUGAACGUGAGAAAAAGAAAAACAAAACAGCCGAGCUUCUGGCCAAACGCCUGCCCCUGAAGACGAGUGAAGUUUACUCUGACGACGAGGAGGAGGAAGAGGAGGACGAUGACAAGUCAUCGGUCAAAAGCGACCGAAGUUCGCGCUCUUCGUCGUAUGAUGACGACGAGAAAGAGGAGACUCCACCAAAGUCACAGCCCGUUUCACUACCAGAUGAGCUGAACAGAGUCCGCCUGUCCAGAAACAAGCUGGAGCGCUGGUGCCACAUGCCCUUCUUUGCUAAGACAGUGACCGGCUGCUUUGUGAGGAUAGGGAUUGGGAACAGCAGCAGUAAACCAGUUUACAGGGUUGCUGAAAUUAUGGAUGUGGUGGAGACGGCAAAAGUUUACCAGCUUGGUACGACACGAACAAACAAGGGAUUACAGUUAAGGCACGGGGGCGACACAAGGGUUUUCAGGCUUGAAUUUGUAUCGAAUCAGGAAUUUACAGAAAGCGAGUUCAUGAAGUGGAAAGAGGCAAUGAUUGUUGCUGGGAUGCAAGUACCAACUCUUGACGAAGUCACCAAAAAGGAGCAGUCCAUCAAAGAAGCUCUGAACUACAAGUUCAACGACAAAGACAUAGAGGAUAUUGUUAAAGAAAAGGACAGAUUCCGGAAAGCACCACCAAAUUACGCCAUGAAGAAAACGCAGUUACUGAAAGAUAAGGCAAUGGCAGAAGAGAAUGGAGACGGUGAUAAGGUGAAAGUGAUCCAGGAUGAGCUGAACGAGCUCGAGGAAAGAGCAGAAGCACUUGACAGACAGAGGACCAAGAACAUCUCUGCUAUCAGCUACAUUAACCAGAGGAACAGAAGCUGGAAUAUUGUUGAAUCUGAGAAAGCUCUCGUGGCUGAAGGACAAAACGCCAAAAACCAGCAAAUGGACCCUUUCACUCGAAGACAGUGCAAACCCACAAUGGUGUCAAAUGCCAGAGAUCCAUCAGUCCACGCAGCUAUUCUCGCUCAUCUCAACCAGAAGUACGGCUCUGGGUCAGGACAAGAUCCUGCGAGUGCUGAGAAGAACAAACUGGGACAACCGAAUUCAAAAGAUAAAGACGUCCCCAAACCAACCACUGACCUCUCAGAGGACUUGUUUAAAGUCCACGAUUUUGACGUUAAGAUCGACCUACAGGUUCCCAAUGCAGAGGCAAAGUCUUUGUCUGUGAGCUCCAAUGCUCUGCCGGUGAAGGACGGCGCCCCCCGCAGGUCCCUCAACCUGGAGGACUACAAGAAAAGGAGGGGGCUGAUCUAAUGUGGCCAGUCCAUUAAUCAGAAUCCACAUCACAUGUGUAAUUGGUUGUGUGUUUGUUUGUGUGAGUAUGUGAGUGUGUGUGUGUGUGUGUGUGUGUGUGUGUGUGUGUGUGUGUGUGUGUGUGUGUGUGUGUGUGUGUGUGUGUGUGUGUGUGUGUGUGUGUGUGUGUGUGUGUGUGUGUGUGUGUGUGUGUGUGUGUGUGUGUGUGUGUGUGUGUGAAUGGUGAUGCAACAGAGUAUCUAUCCAAACAGAGGAAAUACUGAGUGUAGACUUUUUUUCAAAGGAUCUCUUAGAAGACAAUGUUCUUUUUUGUUUUGUUAUUUUUUUAUCACACAAAAACUUGCAUACUGAGUUAUUUGUGUGUUUUUUUUAAUGUAUUUAACUCCUCCCCCUAUUUCGGAGCCGCUGGAGUCCACUCCUCUUUUCUUUUUUUCUUUUUGUCUCUCAUAAGGACAUGGCGCUUGUGGAUUCUUACAUUGAACAAGGACACUAUUUUAGAAGACUUAGAUUGUUGAGGCAUUUGAAAUGACUGGAGGACAUUUAAUGGAGUUGACCAGCGAUGAAUGAAACUGUAAAUUUCCAAACCCCCUUCUUUGACAAAAUGUGUGAUUGUCUGCGCCUACAGUCCAUCCUAAAUUUGAACAACUGCUCCUAUUUUUGCGGAGUGUGACGAUCACCAUCCCUGGGUCUUCAUGACCAAUGUGAAAAGGUCGGCAAACGUCGACUGGACAUUUAUUGCUUUUUAAGUCUUUGAAACAGUCCACUUUGAGAAAAAAAACCCUUUUCUAUGACUGGCCUGGUUAUUAAAGUGUUUCUUCGUUUCUGUUAUCUCUUGGUCAGUUGUACAUGGGGACAAACUCCCCUGCAACGUAACUCCCAGAGCAGAUUCUACGUGUUAAUCGAUUGUGUCCAUAGUCACCUCCUGUAUUGAUGUGGCAUGCCAUGUAAAUAUGCAUUUUGGAGUGAGUGCAGGGAAAAAAAAUAAAGAGGCACUGUUUCAUAAAA